UAUGCAGAAGAAGUAAUCAACAAUUUUCGUUUCGUAGUACUUUGCGCUAUAGUAGUAAGUACGAUUGCUCUUACUUUAUGUGGCGUUACAUUGAUCAUGGAUUCACCGCUAAUAAUGAAAAUGCGGUUCGUAGUUAUAUCUCUUACUGUACUCACAGAAAUUUACAUAUAUGCGUGGCCAGCCGAUUACAUGAAAGAUAUGAGCAUGCAUGUUUCUCGGAGUGCAUACGACUUAAUAUGGUACAAACAAACGCUAAUAAUGCAAAAGAAUCUACUAAACGUGCUGGCAUAUCAAAAACCAGUUACUUUUUCCAUCAGUUUCAUAAUUCCAGAUCUUUCUUUGCGUUAUUAUUGCUCGUUAAACUCAAAUGAAGAGUUACAAAAAACUAAAUAUGAAAGUUUACAUAGAAUUUCACAAAUAUUUAUUUUUGAUACACUUUAUAAUCUUAUGCCGCUUUUUCUUAAUUAUGAUAGAAGCUCAGUUUAGGAGAACCAAUUCCAACCUCGAUUUUCGUACACAUAUGUUAUCAAAAUAUCAACUUCUUGAGUGACUUUCAAAACAUUUAUCUUUUGAAUAAAAUAUCCUUAAAUUUUUAUCCUCUUUUUUUAAUAAAAUAUAGAAUAAUAACGAAAUACUAAUUGAUACAAAAUUGGCAAUAAUAAAAUCAUUAUUAAUGACAAAUAUGUAUCAUAAUGUAAUUAUUAUUAAUCAAUUAUUUAUAACAAUAUUAAGCAAUAAUAACAAGGAAAAUUAAUUAAUAGUUCUUGGAACAUUACUUGUAAUAAUUGUUUCACGUAACGUACAAACAUAAAUAGAAAUGAAGAAUAAGGAGAUAAAGCAAGAAAUGUUACAAAAUGAUAUUAUUAAGAAAAUUAUGUUUACUGCAUUCUUCACUAAUGACUAAACUGAUGUUAAUUUUUUACGUCUAAAUCAUGUAAAAUUUCUUUAUUUUUUUGGAUCUAUUUGAAUUUAUUUCUACAUCUUCUAAGCUAAAACAACAAUAAUUUGUUUCUUAAGUUUUUCCUUAUACGAGAAAUUAUCUCUAUAACUUUUCUAUUUUUAAAUAUUUUAGUAAAUUAUUAUUGAAUAUUAAUUAUUUCAAUGCUAUUUUGUGAUAUUUCUCGUUUCUUUCCCUUAGUCUUUAAAUCGAGUAGUUAGUCAUCUCAAAAGUUUAUAUUUUCCUGUAGAAUUACAGCAUUAAUUGUCCGAACUAAUAAAAAUAAUUUGGAAAAUCGAAUUUUUUGAUUAAAGAUAUUAUGUACGAAUUAAGCCUAAAAUUAAUUUGUAGAAUGCAAGAGUCACCACUAUAACUUGAAAUGUAGUAUAUUACGCAAAAUAUUAAUUAAUUCUUGCAGUAGAAUGAAAUUGAAAGUAUGAGGCUUCAAAAUGAGUUUACUAUUGUAAUUUUCUGUUUUUGAUUUCUUUUUGUAAAAUUACAGCAGUUG